AUGCGAUCGUGGCCGUUGGUGACUUGUGCGCUGAGUGUGCUCAACGUCGUUGCAUCUGCCGCAGAUGCGCGCCUGUCCGAAUACUCUAUGCUUCACAGAGUGCUCGACCACACUGACGCCUCGUCCAUGUCUGGUCCAUGGUCUCCCCGCGCUCUGAUUCAAGUGCCCGCGACGCUCGAAGCGGGCCCUCAGGUCAAGUACCAGGGCGUUGAUGAUCAUCUGGCUAUCGAGGAAGCGUCCUCAAAUGCCUUGUACCAGGUCAAGAUUGUUCCCGGAAAUGUGUUCGAAUUGCCGAACGAUGAGUAUGAAAAAGCUCUAUCAGACGACGGCUUUGUAUCUUAUACGAAGCUCUGCCAAUUGCAAGUGCAGCAGGAAGGAGCAUCACUUCCAGAUGCUCUCAAGCUGCAUAUGAUGCGCAUUCCGUCAGAUGCAGGAACAAAGCUAGCUAUCGCUGGUGUCGUAUACGCCGUGGAACAAGAUGCCGACAUGGACUUGAACGCAUGUCCCGUUUUUGCCAACAAAGGUAUGCCUGCGAUAUAUGCCAGGUCUUUCAAUACUGAGCUUCGUCUCAUGUUACCAGAGACGUUGUCAGGCUAUGUUCACAUACCGAGCACGAAUGAAACUACUCAGUCCGCGGGAAAGGACGGAAAAGGAUCAAAGAAUACUCGUGAGCAGCCAAAGAAUCUGGUCGAAUUCCUUCAGCGAUACUGGAUUUACCUGCUGCCCCUAUUGAUCCUGUUUGCCAUGCCAGCCGCGGAAGAGCCGCCAGCUCCACCGUCCUCUGACAAAAAUACCGGGCGUCGUCAGCAGGGCAGAGUACAGCCAGGACCUGCUGCUAAAGCCGCUAGCUCUGGCAUGCGCCAUUAA